AUGUCUACCACUUCGGGAGUCAACGUGCGCAGCCAUCCUCGCGAUGACACUGUGCUGCGGUACUCGGCGCUCGCGUUCGGUGUCUUCUACGGCUUCACCCACCAGCGAUCCAUCACCGCCUCCCAAAAGGCCGCCGCCGCACAGAAGGAAUAUCAACACAAGCAACAUUUAAUAGAGCAGGCCAGGGCUGAGUACACCAAGAAGAAGAACCCGCCUUCCGCCUCCGCAGAGAAGGCCGGCCUGAAGCAAGACCCGAUGGACCCCAACUUCGACCUGGAAGCCUAUCUGAGCGGUUUCGAGAAGGCUUAA